CUAUGAUGCUAUUAGUUUGGUAGUUUUCCUCCACCGGAACAAGUUUAACGUGCUCGGUAACAGCUGUAGGCCAGUCCCACAAGCCCAGCUGGCUGACGGUUCGUGAGGAGGUUAUCACGGUUGGACGGUAGAGAAUGAGACGUCUGCUCAGCUCGGUCAUUAAAGCCCACAAAACAAUGCGGACCAUGUGGCUCGCCGUCUCCCCGCGUCACGUCAAGAGCGCGUCUGUUGUGACGGGCGCCUCGUCUCUCCAGGGGGACGCGGUCUGCAACGGGGCGCACGGCGACACGACGACGCUGCUGACCGACCCUCAGCUGUUUGAAGACAAGUUCGACGAGCUGGUGACGGAGCUUUCAGAGAAGGACCUCGUUGACCCCGCGCUGACUGAUGCUCUGACCAGGUUUCGAGAGAUUUUGGUGUACAAUUCCCCUGGAGGCAAGAGGAACCGAGGACUGUCUGUGAUCGCUUCGUUGAGGGAUCUCCUCCCGCCCACUCAGCUCACACAGGACACCGUGCAGCAGGCUCUGCUGGUUGGCUGGUGCAUUGAGUUGCUUCAGGCAUUUUUUCUGGUGGCAGAUGAUAUCAUGGAUGGAUCUGUGACUCGGAGAGGACAACCCUGCUGGUACAAGAAGGAUGGAAUCGGUAUGGAUGCCAUCAAUGAUUCAUUUCUCUUAGAGGCAUCAAUCUACAGACUGCUUCGCAGACAUUGCAGGGAUCAGCCGUACUACGUUCACCUACUGGAGCUAUUUACUGAGACAUCUUUCCAGACCAUGCUGGGCCAAGCUCUGGACCUCAUGACUUCCACCCCUGGUCAGGUUGACCUCAAUAGAUUCACGAUGGAGAGGUAUAACGCUAUUGUAAAGUACAAGACUGCAUUUUACUCUUUUUACCUCCCAGUGGCAGCUGCGAUGUAUAUUGCAGGAAUCAAGAGUGAAGAGGAACACAAUAAUGCCAAACACAUCCUACUUGAGAUGGGAGAGUUUUUUCAAAUACAGGAUGACUACUUGGACUGCUACGGAGACCCUGCUGUGACAGGAAAGAUUGGCACAGACAUCCAGGAUAACAAAUGCAGCUGGCUGGUGGUGACGGCGCUGGAAACCAUGACUCCUGAACAAAGAGCAGAGCUAAAGGAAUGCUACGGGCGCCACGACGAAGCCUGUAUAGAAAAGGUCAAGGCAUUGUACUGCACCCUGCAAAUGCCAAUGUUGUACCACAAAUAUGAGGAAGACAGCUACCAGCGGUUACAGAAACUCAUUGCCUGUCAUGCUCAGAACCUUCCUCACUCAAUCUUCCUCAACUUCGCCAAGAAAAUCUACAAGAGGAACAAGUGAGAGGGUGGUGCGUCAGCCCGGUUCCCUUUUGACUCUGGUUUUGACCCUCAGAAUAACUUUGCAGUGGUUUGUAGAUACUUGGUGGCAAAUGUCAUCAAACAGUCUCUCUUCUUUUCCCCAGACUACAGUAAUGAUCCCAGGUCAUGAUGUAGCGUGUCUUCAGUUGUUUCUCCACUGAAGAAUUAUAUGAAAGUCUGACACUGAAAUGAUACACGCAAAUACAAUUAGAUCGUUGAAAUUAAUUAAACUUUGUAGAAGUAAAUUGUUAUUUGAAUUCAGUCUAAAAGGAACAUGCAUGACAGCAGAUGUAUCCUGUCAGGGGACAGAGGGCCAGACCUCAUUAGUUAUCAUCUGAUUCUAUAUAUGUUUCUAUUGCUGCUGUAAAGUCUCGACUGCCAUGACUGUUAGUGCUUUUAAUAAAUAAUGUAUGAACAGUA